UUUUUUGAUUUUGCGGUUUUAGUUAUCAACAAGUGCAUUUACCCAAACUUUGUACUUUGACCUCGUUCGCUUAUUUUCUUAUUAAUUUCACUUGUAGACCCGGUUUCAGUCCUGUCUUUCAACUGUAAUAAUAUGUCAGGAAUGGCUACAUUCAGCAUAAUCAGAAGGGGUCUGUCCACCUCAACCACCUAUAAUGCAAUAAAGAACGUUACAGUGAUUGGUGGAGGAUUAAUGGGAUCAGGAAUUGCACAGGUGGCUGCACAAACUGGCCACAAUGUAACACUGGUAGAAGUAAACCCGGAAUUGUUAAAAAAAGCUGAGGGGAAUAUUGGAAGUAAUGUUUCAAGAGUCGCCAAAAAAUUAUACAAAGAUGACCCAACCGCAGCCCAAAAAUUUAUCAGCGAAACUCAAUCACGCAUCAAAGGCACUACGGAUCCGUCAGCUUCAGUUUCAGACGCCGACCUGGUCGUCGAAGCUAUAGUCGAGAACAUCGCUGUGAAACACAAGCUUUUCAAGGCGUUGGACGAGGCUGCCCCAGCCAAAACAAUUUUCGCCUCCAACACCAGCUCUUUGAGCAUUGGGGAAAUUGCCUCUGUGACCAAAAGAAGGGACAGAUUCGGAGGCUUACACUUCUUUAACCCUGUACCAGUUAUGAAACUGUUGGAAGUGGUGAGAAUUCCACAAACAUCGGAAGAAACGUACCAGGCGAUGAUGUCGUGGGGCAAAGCUGUGGGCAAGACAUGCAUCACAUGCAAAGACACCCCUGGAUUUGUCGUUAACAGAUUGCUAGUUCCUUACAUUGCCGAAGCUAUAAGGAUGAUGGAACGGGGCGACGCUUCUGCGAGGGAUAUUGAUAUAGCCAUGAAAUUGGGAGCCGGAUAUCCCAUGGGACCGAUCGAAUUGGCUGAUUAUGUUGGACAUGACACCACUAAUUCCAUUAUGUCAGGAUGGGCGAAGAAGUUCCCAGAUAAUCCGCUCUUUGAACCAUGCCAGUCACAGGCCAAACUUGUAAAGGAAGGCAAACUUGGAUGCAAAACAGGAGAGGGAUACUAUAAGUACAACAACUUGAAGUAUUGGCUCCAGAACUUUGCAAAAGGUUCUAAUAGGGCCGAAUGGUUCAAGAAUUAUUCCGCUUGGAAGAAGCACAUUGAUGGUAAAGGAGAAACUUUAAUGGAUUAUUGAGUAUACUUUGUUUACUAUAUUUAAAUAAAUAUUUCGUUUCUUGUUUUA